AUGCGUGUUAGUGAUAUCCAGMUUGAUCACUUUUUGUCUUUCUUAACUAGCCCACACGUAGUACAGGAUCUUCCGUUUGGACAACGCCACCUGCAUUUGUCAAAUGGGARGGUCAUCGAGACGCCAAACGUCAUCAGAUCUAUGAUAAAACAGCGAAUAAUUGCACAGUACACACAAUAUUGUGAAGAAACAGAAUUCACACCAUUUAGCCAUUCAACCAUGCACCGCAUUCUGAGAGCAUGUCCAGCUUCUACAAGAAAAUCCUUACAGGGGUUGGACUACAUAGCCGCYGAGGGAUCAACUGCUUUUGAUGACCUGAUAUUAGUCCUAGACAAACUAGCUGAUGCCGGCGUUGAUCAUUACCAAUCAAAACGACUCCAAAAUGCUUUGAAAGAUGGCAAACAGUAUCUGAAAACCGAUUAUAAGGUCCAUGUAACGGAAGACUCAAGAACAUCAGAUCAUUGCCUCGCAUAUGCGCUGAGUGAUUCUAAAGAGAAAGACCAUGUACAAAACUGCGAACACACCCAUGAGGAAUCCUGUCAAUCAUGUGAGAAUUUGAAAGCCACAAUAUCAGCUAUUCACUCACUAAUUAGCACAGCAACCAACAGAGACAACGAAGAUGAUCUGAUGUUCUCCUACCAACAAGCUGCUAAGGCGACAGAGGCGUGGAAAGCCCAUAUACUCAGGUCUGUGCAACGAGACAAAGCAAGACUUGAUGCUCUGGAUCUUUUGGAUGAAAG